UAUCGUUGUGAGCAACGCAGGUUGUCUAUUUAGGAUCAGCAUCAGAGCAAGUUCGCAAUUGGGUGCGUGGUGGAAUUACCCUUUUACCCCUAUUCCUCCACUAACUCCUUCUUUUCCUUUUGGGUUUUAUAAAGCACAUUCCUGAGAAGGGUGAAGUGAGAAGACUUGAAUGGCGUCCAUGGCCACCCUUUUCGCCCAAACCACGUUCCCCUCUCGCUCUCUCUCGCAAACGUUCAACACCCAUUUGGCCCCGUCCUCGAAAGUGAGCGUCUUUGCGAAGCGCAGGGAGUGGAGGCACGUGGGGGUGCGGGUUUCGAACACGUUGAUCGAACCGGACGGAGGGAAGCUGGUGGAGCUUGUGGUGAGGGAAGCGGAGAGAGAGUCGAAGAAGGGAGAGGCUCUGUCGCUUCCGAGGAUCAAGCUGUCUCGGAUUGACCUCGAGUGGGUCCACGUGCUGAGUGAAGGAUGGGCCACACCCCUUCAUGGCUUCAUGAGAGAAGCUGAGUUCCUCCAAACGCUUCAUUUUAACUCGCUCCGACUCGCCGAUGGCUCGCUCGUUAACAUGUCGGUGCCUAUUGUUCUGGCUAUCGAUGAUGCUCAAAAGCAUCUCAUCGGAGAUUCCAAGAGGGUUGCUCUUUUCGAUUCCAAGGGAGACCCUGUUGCCAUUCUCAAUGAUAUUGAAAUAUAUAAGCACCCUAAGGAAGAAAGAAUAGCCAGAACUUGGGGAACCACUGCCCCUGGGCUACCUUAUGUUGAACAAACUAUAACCAAUGCUGGAAAUUGGUUGAUUGGGGGUGACCUAGAGGUCAUUGGGCCCAUUAAGUACAAUGAUGGGCUUGAUCAUUUUCGUCUGUCACCGGCAGAACUACGUGCAGAGUUCACAAGGCGCAAUGCAGAUGCUGUGUUUGCCUUCCAGCUCCGGAAUCCUGUUCACAAUGGCCAUGCUUUGCUAAUGACUGACACCCGAAAGCGGCUUCUUGAGAUGGGUUAUAAGAAUCCUGUCCUCUUGCUUCAUCCACUGGGAGGCUACACCAAAGCUGAUGAUGUCCCACUUGAUUGGAGAAUGAAACAACAUGAGAAGGUACUUGAGGAUGGUGUUCUUGAUCCAGAGACAACUGUGGUAUCCAUAUUCCCUUCUCCCAUGCACUAUGCUGGACCUACGGAGGUGCAGUGGCAUGCAAAGGCUAGGAUUAAUGCAGGGGCCAACUUCUACAUUGUUGGUCGUGAUCCUGCAGGCAUGAGCCAUCCAGUUGAGAAAAGAGAUUUAUAUGAUGCUGAUCAUGGGAAGAAAGUAUUGAGCAUGGCACCAGGACUAGAGCGUCUAAACAUUCUUCCUUUCAGGGUUGCUGCAUAUGACAAGACUCGGGGUAAAAUGGCAUUCUUUGACCCUUCAAGGCCUCAAGAUUUCCUCUUCAUAUCAGGCACAAAGAUGCGCACACUUGCAAGGAACAAAGAAAGUCCUCCUGAUGGAUUUAUGUGCCCUGGUGGCUGGAAGGUUCUGGUUGAAUAUUAUGAUAGCUUGGUACCAUCAAGCAACGGCAAAGUGCCGGAAGCUGUUCCAGCUUAGUGGUGUAUUAUAUUAUAAUGUAUAUUUCAUGAUUGGGAGAAACCUUAAGCUUAUGUAUUCUCUUGUUAAGACCCAUAUUCCAGAAGGAUCCUGUGGCCCAAUCUCUAAUAAUAAUGAACACUUUGGGGAGGCACAGGCACACAGACACAUCGCCUCUCUGUAUGUAUGGCUUUUACUGUUGCCUCUUGCACUUAUGGUGCACUUGUGCAUGCCAGCACUCUGUAAUAUAAUGUGGUUGUGCUAUGGAUUUGGUUUCACACUUUCUUUCGUUA